AUGUUGCGGAUGUGUGAAAGGCUGCUGAAGCCUGACCGUGAGCGGCUGAACCACGGCCCUGCCCGGGCGGAGUCAGGCUACCUCCGCGCGCUACUGGACGCCAUGGCCGACAUGGACAGGUGGGCGGAGGUGGAGCUGCUCAAAACUCUGGGAGACUUGAACUUGGAACAGGGAGAACUCGACAAGGACGUCGGCAAGUUCACCAGGGCCAUGAGGCUGUACGCGACUGCUCAGGUGCGGUGUAUGGACCCGGAAGUGGGGCUAACCCUGGAGCAUCGGUACAAAUAUGCGGCGCGGCGGCGGUUAAAACACCCACCGUACCAGAAAGACACCGUGAAAUGCACAGGAAGCUCUUCGCCAGCCAGUUUGGCAGAAAGAUUCCAGGAGUUGGACAAGAACUUGGCCUCAGGUGACAGCAUAGACGCUGUGAUGGUUGGAUACACACGGUUGAUGGUGGAAGGCAUUAUAGCUAGUGACAGUAGACUGGAAGCGGAAGCCAUUAAGAGUCUGGGCGACGCGUACCUGAAAAGAGGAAGGGAAACCAGAGACACGACGUGCCUGACGAAGGCGUCUGCUCUGUACAGCACGGCCCUGGCGAGGUGGGAGGGGGGCCAGGGAAGCGCCGUUCUGCUGCACCGGUUACUGUACACGGCAGAAGUCAGGUUGUACAGUGGCUGCCUGAGGAUAGCGGACCACAUCCUGAGGAGCGGCCACCUGGAUUUUGCGGAGGAAGUUUUUGCCUUUGCCCUGAGACUUAUUCACGACCCAAGCAAGCCUGCCCUGCCUGACGAAGCCCACUGCCUGUCCAGACUUGGUGACGUCUACACCAAAAAAGGCCAAGCAACAAAAGAAGGUAAGAAAUUCACACAGGCAGCAGCGCUGUACAACGCAGCCAUAGCCCGAACCGACGAUCCAAACAACCGGGAAAACCUCGUGGAGAAACUGCAGGAAGUAGAACUGUUAUUCCUACAACAUGUGAAAGGGGUCGACUCCCAGGUUAGUCUCCGUAACAAAAUACAAGCCCAUAGAGAGCAGUUAGAAGCCGUCCGUUCCUAUGCGAAAUCUCAGUUGGAAAUGAUCGAUGAGAAACACAACCCUUACCAAUAUGACGAGAAUUACCCAGCAGUGAGGGAAGUUGAAGUCCAAAGAGCAGAGGCGAUUGAGAAGCUGUUCCGGUACAUCUCCAGGGAGAGACAAGAGUUCGUCCAAGGGCUUCUUGAAGAAUGCAUGGAGAAACUUGGUUCUCCUCCGUGUAAGUACGCUUACAUCGGGCUGGGCUCACAGGCCACAGAACUGGUGACACCCUACUCUGACCUGGAGUUCGCCAUUCUGAUCGAGGAUGGGAAGGAUGAUGAUGAUGAUACACGGAGGUACUUCCUCAAUCUCACCCACUACCUACACCUGAAAGCCAUCAACCUGGGAGAGACCAUCCUCCCGGCCAUGGCGAUCCCGUCACUCAACGACUUCUACUCCGAGGACCCAGAGAGAGACUGGUUCUACGACUCCGUCACACCUCGCGGCUUUGCCUUCGACGGCUUCAUGCCCUGGGCUUGCAAGACACCUUUCGGCAGAGAGCAGACCAAAUCCAAACCACCUUAGUCUUAUCCAGACACCGACCAAGAUGGCGGAGUUCCAGCGACAAGAUGUUUCCCUGGCAGACGGCUAUCACCUGUCCAUCGUACUCAGACGUGCUGUACUCCUCAUGGGAGAUCAGGAUCUAGUGGAUGA